CCUUUGUCCGCGCCCUGGUCACUACUUAUACCAACGGCACAUCACACACAUUGAUUUCUUUGUGACCGAUAUCUCAGCUCUAUAGCGCCACUGCACUCCUUAGCCUGGACGCUAGCCAGGACUUAGGGACGCAGGUUACUUCCAGAGGAGAGGAGUCUACUGUCGGUUGUAAUUGAGCCGAGGACGACCUCGGAUGGCAUCCACGUUGAAAGGCUUUCAAGAAGCAUCCCUGGAAGUACUCCUGAAGCAACUUCACGAUGUACCCGUUUCGACACCCUCCGACAAAAUCUUGACUCGUCUUACAGACCAUCUUAUUGGUUCCACUGCGCAAACAGCUUCGAACUUCGCACAUCAACGUCAUGAGCAUUGGUUCUGCUCUCGUGCCGAGGAGACAGUCAGAGAGGCUGCGACGUUUCUUAUUCGCCUCCACGCUUACAACAGUGAUCGGGUGAAGGCGUGGAGAAGACAGCUUCAGAGAUGCCUCGCAGGAUGUUGCGGCUGUGUGAGAAGUUUCCAGGAGGUCAAGAUAUCGUCGAGAGCGACCUACUUUGGGGCUUUUGUCGACACGAUCCUGAAGUCUUUCUAUGAGGCCUUGGACAACUGGGAACUCGAGGCAGUCCUUUCCGCCCUUGCUGACAAGGGUCUUACAGUCGAGUCCGUUGGCAGUAAUUCACGUUCUCUCGCUGAGGCCCCUCCCGCGAUCACAUACCAUAUAUUAUGCAACCCACGUAUCCUACAAGAUCCGCGAAUAUCCAAGAUAGUGCGCGUGUGCGUCCCGAAGGGCCCUAUAACACAGUGGCCGUCGGACUUCCCUCCACCGGGUCUGUUUUAUCUCGUGGUGGACGAGCAAGAGGAUGUCCGCAGAUGGGCUUUAGGGCAACUCGGUUUGUGUAAGGCUUCCGCCAUGUCAGCGGACAGGUUCCUGCCAAGCUACUGCUCCGUGCUCAAGACAGUAACGUCGGUCGUUUCCGAUCAAGCCACGGACCACAGUACUGUCCACGCCGAUUCUACCUUCAGUCGGAGUGCUGCCAUCCUCUGGUCCGGUUAUGCCAUCACACUUCGCUACGUGCCGGUCGAGUUCCUGGUGCCUCGGAAAGCGCUCGAAGUCGAUGUUCGGCAUGUUGUCACGAGCCAUCUGCACGAUACUGGAUCUCACUUCGGGGACGUUCUCAAAGGGUUCCUGUUGAUUCUUUCCAGGAUUGGACCGGGCGUCUGGGACGGCGAGGGAACGGAGUAUCCCCAGGUCGUUUUCAGCUCCAUCAAGGAUAACGUCCGUUACCUUGACACUCUGCAGAACCUUGCAGAUGUACGCAAAGAAAAUUGGCUUCUCAGCUGGGUUGAGACCUACCUGAAGACGAUAGGGAACCUGCCGAUCUGCAAAGACGUCCUUCCGCUUAUCAUCCAUUUUCUGUGCGAGGAACUACAGCAUCAACGCUUCCAGGGUAUUCGGCCUGCGGCCAUGAGUAUCGCUGCCAGGAUCUUGACCUCUGCCAUCUCGCAAACUGAGAAGGUACAUCCUGUGCUCAGGCAAAGCCUAGUUUGGGAGAUCAUGGAUGUGCACAGCAGCAUACUCGUAUCGGUCGCUUUCGCCAAAGCCUUCGCCGGGGACGUCUGGGCAGAGGCUCGUACGCACACACGAAGGCUCCUGAAGCUCUCGCUCCUGCAGGAUAUCAAGACCGUCAGCUCCGCCAUUUCUUGUCUAUGCGGAACGUCGACCUCAUCUGCUACCACACCUCUGGUUCUGCGGGAACAACUGUGGAAGGGAAUGUACAAUAACAUUCAGCCCGGCGACUCAGACGCCAUGGCCAUGAUGCUGACAAUACUCUCUAACAUAUCCCAUAUGGACGAUCUCAAGGAUAUCGCGUUCGCCGACCGCAUCACCCGAUCCAAAGAUGCCGAGUCUUUAAGGACUCUGCUCGGCAGCGUGAACGGUGCCUUGGGCACCAUGCGUAGUGGAUUCGGCGACGCUGCGACAAGAUACCUCGACCUCAGUCUUCCUUCCGUCGUUGCCGACCUUUUACAGCGACCAGAGGUCGCCAAGAACGUCACUGUCCUCAUGCUCUCUCCCGUCGAGACGAUCCAGGAGAGUGCGCAGGCACUAGCCGGACUUGCAUUCGAUGUCGAAGUCCGCUCGGACUGUUUACGCGCGCUGCUGGAGAAGGUGCCGGAUGGUACCUUCGGCGGCAUCCUGCAGUUCCUCGGAACCUUCAUCCAGUACGCACAAGUGGUCCCCGAAGCAUGUAGCUUGUCCAAGGCUCUAGCUCGCUGUCUGACUGAUGUCAUCGACGUCCUAUGCUCUAGUUCGGACGGACUCUUGCUGAACCAACAAUUCCUCAUGGCGGGCGUCGGCGCGGACGUCCCUGCACGGUUGCCCAAGUGGUGGAAUAUGAUGACGCAGGCGUUGUCCGUGAUCUUCGCGAAGACACCCAAGUGGGCAAUCUACUUCGAGAACGCCGAGAUGGUGCUCUGGAUGCGUGACGCCCUCAUUUUUGGGCGAGACAUGUUGGCGCAGCGCCGAGUCAUCGAGUCCGCAACCCUGGUUCAAUCACAACAAGCCGCUACCGGUAGAAGGGUGUCACGCGUGUUGAAGAGGAUGGUCGAUGACCUCCAAGCGGUCUUGUUCGAACUGACGCGCUGGCUUCGGCUCACGGACGAGGAAUUGCUACAUCAAUCCUUCGCCUUAUUGGAGACGCUCCUCUCAUGCUUCCGCGAUACCGAGAUUCGCCCCAAGCCGGAGGCACUGCAGAAGUUGCAGAAGCACGUCGACGAUGCGCGGAAGACCGAUCCUAAGCGCCCACAGACACGAUUGGACGCGGCUCGACUAGCGCGACUGCAGGAUGCCAUCAGCAGCUUCGACGAGGAUGACGAAGUAGAGAUCAUCGAGCACAAGCUCCCCGAGAAACGCAAAGCACCUUCGGGAUCCAAGGCGUCUCCUGCGGAGGAGGCGAGGAAAGAAGCGAGGAGAGGGCCUGCUCAAGAUCGGGGUAAGCUCGACCUGCGAGUAGGCGAUCGGCAAGCCAGGAAGACCUCCAUUUCCAGCUAUUUCUCGGCAGAGGACCAAAAGAGAUUGAAUGCGGCUCCUACAGCCGUACCUCAGCUUACCCGUAAACCGAAUGCUCAGGUCGCACCGACCACGCAGAAGGCUCUAGAAGUCCCUGGUCCUACCGGAGGCCCUUCGACGAAAUCGGUCACUUCGGAGCCUACAACGGAAGCUUCGAGCGAGGAGAGCGAGGACGAUGGGGAGGGUCUGGCAUCUCUUUCUAAGCUGCAGCGAACCCCGGUCAUCAAGAAGCCGGUGGAACGCAGACAAGUCAUGAUGUUGGAUUUGCCUACCAGGGCCCGCAAUCCAGCGUUGGAGCGUAUGAACAAGCGAGAAGAUGCGAGGAGGACCCAGUUGCGGCUGAAACCGGAUGUGUCUGGCCUUCAUCGAACGCUACUUGCUUGGGACUACGACCAUGAUGGCCCUUCGCCUCCCGGCCAGCCCCUGAAGCUCGAGCGCGUUCCAUCCACCUUCUCUGAUACAGAGCAUUUCCGUCGCAUUUUCGAGCCGAUGCUGCUGUUAGAAUGUUGGACUCAGCUCACCGAGGCGAAGGAAGGUGCACGGGAGACGUACGAUUGUCGCAUUGCUGGCCGACAAUUCGUCGAUGACUGGCUGGAUCUUGACGUGUCUUUCACGGGAAGCGUCGACAGAGACUGGAGUCUUGGCGAUGCAGACGUGGUCUUGUUGCGUCAUCCUCAGAGCAAGAAGGGUGUACUGGCGAAGGUUCAAAGCUAUAAAGGUACACCAUUCGGUGUUCAGGCAACCGUUCGAUGCUGCGCACGUGGUAGCGACCCUAGCCUGCUGCCCAACUCGAUUUGGUCGCUGAGUAAAGUGCUGAGUCUCACCACAUUGUAUCGGGAGUAUGCUGCUUUGAUGUCGCUGCCAUAUUAUGAUCUCUCCCAGGCGAUACUUCGAGCGAGAUUGAACAAGCCCACGACAGCGGACUCGAAGGAAGUUCAGAGAAUGAUGGCUACGUACCAUGUCAACGAACCGCAGGCCAGAGCUAUACUCUAUUCGCUUACGGCAGACGGCUUCGCUUUGAUCCAGGGACCUCCAGGUACCGGAAAGACCUCCACUAUAUGCGGCCUUGUGCACGCGUUCCUGUCCAGACGGCCCAAGCCUGGCACAUAUAUCCAGGCAAGUCGCAACGGGGGGCCAGCCGACAAAGAACAAGUCAAAAAGAUCUUGUUGUGCGCACCUAGUAACGCCGCCAUUGACGAAAUCGCCUUUCGUCUCAAGGAGGGCGUGUCCGGUGCGGGGCGGCAAGUCAGCUCCCCCAAGGUCGUUCGGCUCGGUAACGUCAAGAACAUCAACGCGAGUGUUAAGGACGUCUCGUUGGAGUACCUGAUUGAGCAGAAGCUGAACUCCAACCCUCAAGUUGCCAAUCCGAAGGAUGCGCGCGGCGAUAUGGCUAGGCUUCGUGCAGAUCUCGAGAAUGUGAAGAAGAUGCGCCAGAGCAAGUUCGACGAGAUUUCACAGAUCCAUGAUAACACGGCAAAGACAUUCGCCCUGGAGGAGGAUAUAAAGAAGCUGAACAAGGAGAAGAACUCGCUCAUCCACCAGAUUGACAAGCUCAGAGACCAGCAGAAAUCCGACUCGCGCACGAUGGACGCGACUCGAAGGCGCUUUCGAACGGAAGUGCUCCAAGAAGCCGACGUUAUCUGCAGUACCUUAUCCGGCUCAUCGUACGAAUAUCUAGAGCAAUUUGACUUCGAGUUGAUUGUCAUAGAUGAGGCAGCUCAGGCCAUAGAGCUCAGUUCGCUCAUUCCUCUGAAGUAUGACUGCAAGCACUGUGUCAUGGUAGGAGAUCCACAGCAACUACCACCUACUGUGAAGUCGCAAGAGGCAUGUACGUUAGGUUACAACCAAUCUCUAUUUGUACGUCUGCAGCGGCAGCGUCCGGACGCUGUGCACCUGCUUAGCAUACAGUACCGGAUGCAUCCCGACAUCAGUCAAGUUCCUAGUCGUCUGUUCUAUGAAGGUCGGCUUCAGGAUGGACCGGACAUGGCGUCGAAGACACUCAGACCGUGGCAUUCGCACGAGAAAUUUGGGACAUAUCGGUUUUUCAAUGUCCUUGAAGGACAAGAAGAAACUGGCAUGGGUCACUCCUUCAUCAACCGCGGGGAGAUCCAAGUUGCCACGGCGCUCUUCAAUCGUCUUCGGCGGGAAUUCACCUCUUUCGACUUCGACUCCAAGAUCGGCGUGAUAUCAAUGUACAGGGGUCAGAUUGUAGCCAUCCGGCGUGCGUUCGAGGAGCGCUUUGGCCCAGAGAUCACGAGCAUCGUAGAUUUCAAUACCGUCGAUGGCUUUCAGGGUCAGGAGAAAGACAUCAUAAUCUUGUCUUGUGUCCGCGCUGGUCCGAACGUACAGACCGUAGGGUUUUUGCGAGAUGUGAGGCGUAUGAACGUAGCAUUGACGCGUGCAAAGUCCUCGAUCUUUGUGCUUGGUCACGCGCCGACCCUCGAGAGAAGCGAUGAUAUCUGGCGUAGUAUUGUCGUGGAUGCACGGGAAAGAAAUCGUUUGGCCAACGUGAACGUCGCUUACUUCACUGCUCCAACAAAAGCGACGACUAAGCCAUUAUCGUCUACGAAGGCCCCCAAGACACAGUCCAAGAUCCAAUCACCUGAGACAGCAAUGCGUUCGACUGUUCCUGGCGCUCUCUUGACGCCUCGAGAACUCAAGUCUGCUGGGAAGAGCGGAGGCCAUGCUAUUCCAACCAUGGCUGGUCCUUCGGCAUCUGGUAGCCUCGCAAAACCGGACGGAGAGAAGCCGAAUUUGAAGCGACCCGCACCGACGGAGGUUCCUGGCGACGAAGCAAAAACAGCCUCAACGGGAACAACAAGCAGCGCACAGGCACCGUCCAAGCCACCUCCCAAGAAGCGACCAAAAGCGGCACCGAGUCUGUUCAUACCCAGAAACAAAGUGAGCGACCUUGCGAACCUUGACUCGGCGAGGACUGACGUAGUCACAGCGCGGUCCAUAGACCUGACGUCUCGUGAUAUACUAUUCACAUCAUCUUCAUCUUGCAUAGACUCACCCAUCUACCACUGCAUUAAUCACUCGGGUUCUCCGGCGCAUUAA